AUGUCGCGAGAGUUGGCGUUCUGCCGGUCUGAGAUGACCUACCGGAGUGGCAAGAAGCUGAAGAAGAGCAAGCAUGGCUAUGUUGUGCUGCGAGGAGCGAGUUUGACGCACUUUGCAAACGCUCGCAUGUCCAAGACCAAAGCCUCGUUUGACCUUGGCGAGCACAAGCUCGCCGGCGAGCUGGAGUGCAUGUGUGCCAAGCCGCUGCCGUUUGCGCUGCCGCUGACGGGGCCGAAGGCGUCAAGCUCGCUCUGCCUCCACGCGCCCACCGCCGACCUGCACGCCAAGUGGUUGCAAGCGCUGACGCUGACAUGCGGCGACCAUGCCGGUACAAGCGGCGCGGACGGUGGCGCGGCGGCAGGCUCGGUCUCGGGCUCGGGUUCGGGCUCGGGCCCGGGCUCGAGGAGCAGCUCAGGCUCGGGCUCGGGGAGCAGCUCGGGCUCGUACUCGUACUCUUACUCGUACUACAGCGGGACAGGCGAGAGUGAUAACGGGAGCGGCGGAAAGAGCAAGGCCAAGGUCAAGACCAAGCACUCGCGGCUCGACCACGUGCUCUCUGAGAUUGUGCACACAGAGAAAGCAUACCUAGCGGAUCUGCAACUGCUGGUCGACGUCCUCGCCUCGGCCGAGUCCAAGUUUGAGGCCGAGCUCGUGGCGCGGCUGUUUGGCAACAUUGGCGAGCUGUAUGCAGUUCACAGCGAGAUUGUGGCAGCGCUUGAUUCGGGCGACAGCACGCUGGAGAAUGUGGUCGACGUCUUUGUGGCGGCUGCAGGUCGGUUUGUGGGCUACAAGGAGUACUGUGAGAAGCAGAACGAGUUCAACCAGGUGCUUGAUGAGGCCAAAGCGAGCGACCCACAGUUUGCGGCUUUUCUCGCGGACACGCUUGCGCUGCCGCAAUCGCGGUCACUGCCGCUCUCAGCGUUUGCGCUCGCACCGGUCCAGCGAGUCCUCAAAUACCACCUCCUGUUCGACUCGCUGGCCAAAGCGGCGGCGGGCGCAGAGGUGAGCUACGCGCCGAUUGCCGACUUGGUUGAGCUGUACUCGGCGGUGGCGGCAGGAGUAGACAAAGCCGGAGUGGACACCACGUUUGUGGUUGACCCCAAGGUCGUCGAGCACCGGCGGCGUCUGGCGGAAAAGGUGCCAUCACAGUGCUCCGAGUGCGGCGGCAAGCCUGCGGCAUGGGUCUCACCGCAGACCGGGCAGUGGACAUGCUUCCGGUGUGCCUUCAUCUACCGCACGAUCGGGCUGCGGGUGACACCGGCCAAGGCGCCGAAGGCGAGUGACAAGCAGAUCGACUUUGUGUGCGGGCUAACGUCGCGGCACGCAUCGGCGAUCUACGAGGCCAACAUGGAGGCAUGGGUUGAGUAUCCGACGCCGACUGACGAUGACGCGGUGGUGAGGCAGUUUAUUGCGGCCAAGUAUGUUGAGCGCAAGUGGUUUGACCAAACGGCGUUUGCCGCCGUGCUCUCGCGGCUUGGAAUCCAGCUCGACGAUCUCGACGAUGGUGAGCCAGAACUCGGUGGUGUUGAGCUGACUACGAUGAGCAGCCAGGCCGAGUACGACGCGAUUCCGACGGUGAAGCAGGGCUGGCUGGUCAAGAUGCGCCACAAUCGGUGGCAGCGGCGGUGGUGGGUCCUCAAGGGUACUUCGCUGUUUUACUUUGGGCGAGUCAACGACUCGAGCAAGAUCUCGCGGGCAAAGGGCGUGAUGCAGCUCUCCAAGUCGGUGAGCGAGCGCUCGGAUGGGUACGGGCGGGAGCACGUGAUUGUCACGCGCACGCCACUUCGCGACUGGGUCCUCCAGGCCGACGAUGCCGACGACGCGCAGGCAUGGUGCGAGAUCCUCGAGUCUGCGGCACGGAGGACGGCGGCGCCGCCGGGUCAGCUCUCGGUCUUCGCCGCAGAUACGCUCGUCGAGUGGCCAACAGCCGAGACGACCACGGCCGAACUCGAGGCUGCACUCGGCAACGGAGUGACUGUGAUGGGUGGGUGGCGAGUCCGGGCCGGCAUGCAGAGCCAAAAGUCGGUGCCUGCUGUUCUGGUCCUCACAGACGACGCGAUCAUCAUUGGGCGCGCGGUCCGUGACACGAUCGGAGCCGAGGAUGAUGGAGGGAAGGUCAAGGUCAUGUGUCACAUCAAGCUUCCGUACGAGAUUGUCGCUGCGACCAACGUAGUCGACGGCAUGGUGGUCAACACCUUUUCGCUGGUGGCGCUCGACAAGGGAGUGUCAUACCUGGUUAACGCAGGAACGCCGCAGGUCAAGGAUGAGAUUCUCAAGACGCUUGUGGCUAAGCUACGGAUGCUGCUCCAGGCAGCGACCGAGGCUUCAGCCACCAAGGCGUCGGAGCAGCAGGCACGGAUUGCGGCCGAGUUUGUCGCAGCGCACCCGGUCCCGACAGGCAUUGUCAACAUUGGCGACAGCGACCGCAAGCUUGCGCGCGAGCGGAUGUGCAACGAGCUCGACGUGGUAGCUGGCAACCAGGGCGAGGCGCUCGAGCUGACCGAGCAGCUCCGUGCCGUGUUUGCGGAGAAGAUCGAGGUUGUCAACGACAUGAAGCAGGUGCUGCGCGAGCUUCGUCGUGCAUAA